AUGUCGUCAGAUGCUGUGGAGCUCGACGUGAUCGAAAGAGGCGAGGCUCGCAGAAGCGGCCCAGCUGUAUCCCAAGUGACAGCCGCUGGAGAGCAAGUCAGGGGCACUGCUCAACCCCAAGACACCUCACGCCAGUCCACGGCUGGGAGCCGCCGACAAGCGGUGGAGGACAGCAAUCCAGAAGAAAGGAAGCGCUGUGAGCGGAUCCGACUGGCGCAUGCGAAGGCUUCUGACCCUCGCUUCGAGUUCUACCGGGUGUUUCCCCAAGAGCGAUCGCUCAUCCUCGAUCUCAAAGUAGAGGAAAUCGUCCGCAUCCGCGAUAGGAUGAAGAAGCUUGAAGAUUCGGCUGAGACCAGAUUCAACACCCAGCUUGACAGGCUGCCACGACAGAGUCUUCAUUACCGGCGGUGGUUGGCGCUUGUCACAAAGAUGGAAACCAAAAUGGUCGAUUAUGAUAAAUGGUGGCUCAGAUCCAAGACGAUCGUGGAAAGCCGAUGGCCUCAGGGUCUACGCCAGCGGGGACGCCGACGAAUUCCGCGCGAUGGGACCUACAAGAGGUGCCAUUCAGACAUUCGUAAAUGA